AUGUAUUCAAGGUUGAAGUUCUUACAGUCUUUUUGUCACUUGGGGAAUCGAACCCGUUUGAAUAGUUGUACUAGUGAUGCAAGCUUUGUAUUUGGGUGGGUUAGGCUCUUGUCCAAUUCUUUUGUCACUUUGAGUAAGCCUUUUGAAGGAGGUGCCCACCCGAAUGUAACUGAGCCCGCCAAGCUUCCUGAUUCGCUGAAAUCGUCGAGCUUAUAUAGAUAUGCUGCCAGAAAGUUUAGUGACAGAGAUGAUUUUGUGCCUCCAGCACUUGCAAAGUGGAUGGCAGAGUACGAUGUUUGUCCUCCAGAUAUGGACCCUGGAACCAGACCAGGGAAUACGUCAAUUAGUGAAGUUGAGCAGAUAUGUAAGACUCUGAAGAACCAGUUUGAAUCUCCAGAUGCUGUUGUAGAAUCAUUAACUAGUUGUAGUGUUGAAGUGACUGAUGAUUUGGUGAGGCAAAUUUUAGAAAGAUUCUGCUUCGAGUGGAUACCAUGUUUGGGGUUCUUUAAGUGGGCAAAAUCUCAAAGAGGUUUCAAGUUUUCACCUGAAUUGUACGAUAUGAUGAUUGAUAAUAUGGGGAAGUGCAAGAGAUUUGAUCUUAUGUUUGAGUUAUUAGAAGAAAUGAAGCAGUUGGAUGGUUGCAUUUCAAAGCUUACAAUGAGGAUAGCCAUGAGGAGGCUAACAAGAGCCGGCAAAUAUCAUGAUGCUGUAGAUUUAUUUAGAAAUUUUGAACGAUUUGGAUUGCCCAAGGAUGUCAGAGCAUUGAAUAUAUUACUUGAAGUGUUGGUUCAGAAUAAAGGUGUUGAGCUAGCGGAAAAAUAUUUUACAGAAUUUAAGCAAAUUAUAUCUCCUAAUCUUUACACUUUCAACAUUCUAGUCAAUGGUUGGUGUAAAGCAAAGAAGAUCGAAAAAGCUGAGGAGACUGUAUCCGAGAUGGAAAGGCAUGGUUUCCGUCCUGAUCCUGUCACCUGGAAUUGCUUCAUUGAGGCAUAUUGUUCUGAAAACAACUUCGACAAAGUUGAUGAGGUGUUCAGUUUCAUGGAGAAGAAUGGACUUGUCCCUUCUGUAGUUACGCACACAAUAGUAGUGACUGGCCUUUGGAAGGCAAAGAAAGUAAGUAAAGCUUUACAAUGGUAUGAUAUGAUGAAGCAGCGGGGUCAUGGUCUUGAUAGUUCAUUUUACAGGGCUUUGAUUAAAGCCCUAAGUAAAUCAAGAAGAUGGAAUGAUGCUCGUAAAGUGUUUGAGGACAUGGCUGAGCAGGGAGUAAAGCCAGAUACGUUGACAUACAACGCCAUGAUCGCUGCUGCUGUAUUGGACUCCCGAGAAGAGUUUGCAUUAACCAUGCUUAAAGAAAUGGAGGAGAAUCAAUGCAAGCCGGAUCUUGCAACUUACACACCACUGUUGCAAAUGUGCGUUAGAAAGCAAAGAAUGAAAGUGCUUUCCUUUCUGUUGAGCCAUAUGUUCAGAAACAACGUGAGCCUUGAUCUUAUGGCAUAUACCAUUUUGAUCAGGGGGCUAUGCAUGAACGGAGAUCUCGACAGUGUUUGUUCAUUUUUUGAAGAAUGUCUGAAGAAAGAUUUGGUUCCUGAUGAUCCUACAUGUGACCGUAUGUUGAACAGACUUGACAAGGAGGGGAUGUUUGAAGAAAAAGUCCGAAUUGAAGAACUGAUGCAACAGGCUAAACUGCAAAAAUCUGUUCAUUCUUCUAACAGCCCUUUUCGGCUUCAAGAAUGA